AUGCUAUCUCUUUCUGCAAAUGCUCUAAAACCCAUCACCACCUUCAACCACUCCAAUUCUUUCUCCGCCUUCCUUAACCCACACCCGCUCUUCCUCAUCCCCCACCCGCGCAAUUCCACCCUUAAAACUAAAACCUCCGCAAAACCCAACAUCUCCGCCAGUCUAAUCCCGGCCAACCCUCCGCCGAAGAACCUACAGCCGUACCAGCCCUUCCGCCCGCCGCCGUCUCCUCUCCCCGCCAAGUACAGCUCCCUCGAUGCCGCCGCCCGCCUCGAAGUCCUCUCCAGCAGGGCCGGGCUCUGGUACGAGUACGCCCCGCUCAUCACCUCCCUCAUCCGCGAAGGAUACGCCCCUUCCUCCAUCGAGGAAGUCACCGGAAUCUCCGGCGUCGAGCAGAACCGGCUCGUGGUCGGAGCUCAGGUGCGCGAUUCCCUCAUCGAGUCCAAAACCGGGCCCGAACUCAUCUCCCACUUCGAGACCGGCGGCGCCGAGCUGCUCUACGAGAUCCGCCUCCUCAGCACCACGCAGCGCGCCGCUGCCGCACAUUACAUCAUCCAGAACCGCUUCGAUGCCGGGGGAGCGGAGGAUCUCGCCCGUUCGAUGAAGGAUUUCCCGAGGCGGCGAGGGGAAAAGGGUUGGGAGAAUUUCGAUUAUAACCUCCCUGGGGACUGCUUGGCUUUCUUGUACUUCAGGCAGGCCAAGGAGCACAAGAACCCGUCGGACGCAAGAACUGCCUCCUUGCAAUCGGCUCUGGAAGCCGCGGAAUCCGAGAAGGCGAAACAGGCAGUGUUGAGGGAAAUGGAAGGGGACACUAGUGCUGGCAAAGGAGACAAACAAGAGGCAGCCAUUGAUGGGGUUCGCGUUCCGGUCGUGAGGAUGAAAACAGGGGAAGUUGCAGAAUCGACUACCGUGGUGGUUCUGCCGGUUUGCAGAGCAGAAGGGAGGGAUAAGGAAAUCGUUGAAGCGCCAUGGGUAAGCAAAGCCGGGGGCGAAUUCGGCGAGGUGGAAGCGGAUAAAGGUUGGGGGAGAUGGAUUGUUCUGCCUGGAUGGGAGCCGGUUGCUAUUUUAGGGGAAGGUGGAGUUGUUGUAUCGUUUCCUGAUGCCAGAGCUCUGCCCUGGAGAGUGAAUAGAUGGUACAAGGAAGAAGCCAUUUUGGUUGUGGCUGAUAGGGCGAGAAAGGGUGUGGAAGUAGAUGAUGGGUUUUACUUGGUUGCAGUUGAUGAUUCUGGGGAUGGCAGGGGUAGUGGGUUGAAGGUGGAGAAAGGAUCGGCAUUGAAGCAGAGAGGAGUUGGAGAGAGCUUGGGAACUGUUGUCUUGGUGGUUAGGCCACCUAAAGAAGAUACCGAGGAUCAAAUGCUUGAGGAUGAUGAUUAG